GCUGCAUAUACUUGCAAUGUCAAAGGAGAUAGAACGCCUUAACUAGGUUGAAAAGCUUCGUGGUAAUAGUAACAAGGAUGAUAGGACUUGUCACUGUGCAUUCCAUAUGACCCAUAGUCAUGAUAUAGAGGAUUGUAAGCAACUUGGAACGAAAAUUGAAAGAUUAAUUCAUAGGGGAUUGCUAAGGCAAUUUAUAAGGCAUCUAAAAAGCCAAAAAGAGUAAGGAGAAUGAAAAGAUCGCAAGAUAAUAGGGAAGCCACAAGACACAAAGAGAAUGAACCUCUAGAUGUUGUUGGGGUAAUUAAGGUCAUAACAGUCCAACCUUCGACAACUCCAACAUUUAUGGCUCUAGCAAUCAAAGGAAGCCAUGAGAGCCAACCUUCAACUCAAGCCAUCACUUUCACUAAGAAGGAUUUAGAUCAAAUGGAUGUGUUCCCACACGAUCCACUAACGAUUGAAAUAAUGGUAGAAGAUAGAAACAUAUAUAAGGGGAAGGCAAUAAAGCAUGUUUUAGUGGACAUAGGGAGUUGUAGAGAUGUAAUGCGUUAUGAAGCAUUCAAAAACCUAGGAGUAUCUCCACAACUAAUUAGACCUUGUAAUUUUCCAUUGGUGGGCUUUUCGGAGAAAUCUAUGCCUGUAACAGAUAAAAAGUGCAAUGAUUCAACGUUGAAAGGACUACAGGUUGAUGAGUCAGCAGUAGUGAUGAUGUGGAGGCUGACUAGGAUGACACCCGCAGAGAUGAGGAAGGGUUCUUUCGGCGGCACUCGUCUCACGAGCACAUGGCUACGUGCUACGAGCCAUCCUGUUCUAUCCAACGAUGAUAGCACACAGCAAGCUCUCCAAUGACGUUACAGAUCAUAAAUUCCUUGGCCAAGC